GUGUAGUGUCGUACUCAUCUCUCUCUCUCUCGCUACCCCUCUUCUCGAGACUGUAGGGCAGAGCCAAUUCCAUCACUUGCGCGUGUGAGCGGAGAUAGAAUCUUAGAGGGAUCUAUAAAGUAUCUUCCUUUCUUCUAACCCACUCUCUCUGUAUAUAUAUAAAUGUUUGGGACUCUCGCUUCCAGAGAACUCGAAACCGCCAGACUAAGUCGUGAUUUAGGGCUUUCAUGCGGUGGAUUUGAGGACUUGGGUAUGAGAAUGGAAGGCGAGAACAUGGUGCCGCACCGAGGUGAAGGAGAAGGAGAACAGGUGACUGAAACAGAGCCAUUUCAGCAGACGCAGAGAUUCGUUGUGGGGUAUGCUCUGACUUCUAAGAAGAAGAAGAGUUUCUUGCAGCCCAAGCUUGAAACCCUGGCUAGGAGAAAAGGCAUUUACUUUGUCGCCAUUGAUUUAAACCGUCCGCUUUCUGAACAAGGACCAUUUGAUGUCGUUUUGCAUAAGUUGCUGGGAAAAGAGUGGCAAGAUAUUAUUGAGGAUUACCAGCAGAAUCACCCGGAAGUGACUGUGCUUGACCCUCCAGGUGAAAUACAGCGUAUACAUAAUCGACAAUCGAUGCUUCAGGGUUUGGCAGAUUUGAAUUUGUCUGAUUGCAGUGGCAGCAUUUUUGUUCCAAAGCAAAUGGUUGUCUUGAAAGAUUCAGCUUCUAGUGCUGAUAAAGUUGUGGAAGCUGGUCUUAAAUUUCCACUAGUUGCAAAGCCACUCUGGAUCGAUGGAACUGCAAAGUCACAUCAGUUGUUCCUAGCUUAUGACAGGUUCUCACUUGCAGAACUUGAUCCGCCUAUAGUCCUGCAAGAAUUUGUUAAUCAUGGUGGAGUUUUGUUCAAGGUUUUUGUGGUGGGUGAUACUAUAAAAGUUGUGAGACGGUUGUCUCUACCAAAUAUUAGUAACUGCGAAAAAGGAAAAGUUGAUGGCGUCUUCAAGUUCCCCAGGGUUUCAUCUGCUGCUGCUUCAGCGGAUAACGCAGAGUUGGACCCUAGUGUUGCUGAGCUACCUCCAAAGCCUUUCCUCGAAGCCCUAGUGAAAGAGCUACGAAGCUUAUUGGGACUUCGGCUUUUCAACAUAGACAUGAUCAGAGAACAUGGGAGCAAUAACGUGUUUUAUGUCAUUGACAUCAAUUAUUUUCCUGGUUACGCAAAGAUGCCAGAUUACGAGCAAGUAUUUGUUGACUUCUUCCACAACAUGGCGCAAGACAAGAGACGGUGUAAAUAAAGAAAGAUUGGUGAUGUAGCAGAUGUUCUUCUGAGGAGUGUUUUAAACUCAUGCAAUGAGCAGUGGGAAUAGAAUACUGACUAAACUAGUGAUUGAUUUGUAUAGAAUUAGCUCUCACCCCUU